GCAAAGCCAGUCCGGAUGAGAAACCUCCGUCAAGAAACGAGGACAUGGAGGUGAACGGGAAUGCAAGCAAAAAGCCGCGUAUAGCGUCCCCCAGGCCAGAGGUUGUCGAUGAAGUUGAGAUUGAGGCGAAGCGGGAGGUCGCUGCGAGCGCUGGUCUGACCGGCGCUGCAGUCGAGAGCGGGACGCGGCUCGAACUUCGACACCAAGUCCGCCACCAAGUCGCGGUUCCACCGGGCUACAAUUAUAUCCCUAUUGCAAAUCACGUUCCCCCAGCCAAGCCUGCUCGGGAGUACAAGUUCACCCUCGAUCCCUUCCAGCAAGUAUCGGUUCAUGCAAUACAGAGAAAUGAGAGUGUGCUCGUCUCUGCGCAUACCAGUGCCGGUAAGACCGUUGUCGCGGAAUAUGCCAUCGCCCAAUGUCUGCAGAACAAGCAGCGUGUUAUCUACACAAGUCCGAUCAAGGCUCUAAGUAACCAGAAGUACCGCGAAAUGCUUGCUGAGUUUGGGGAUGUGGGCCUCAUGACCGGAGACGUUACCAUAAAUCCGUCUGCAACAUGUCUAGUCAUGACUACCGAGAUUCUACGGUCCAUGCUGUACCGCGGCUCCGAAAUCAUGCGCGAAGUCGCCUGGGUCAUUUUCGACGAGAUCCACUACAUGCGCGACAAGGAGCGCGGCGUCGUGUGGGAGGAGACGAUCAUCCUCCUCCCGCACAGCGUGCGCUACGUAUUCCUGUCCGCAACGAUCCCCAACGCGAUGCAGUUCGCCGAGUGGAUAUGCAAGUCGCACGAGCAGCCGUGCCACGUCGUGUACACCGAUUUCCGCCCGACACCGUUGCAGCACUACCUCUUCCCGGCGGGCGGCGAGGGGAUCUACCUGGUGCUGAACGAGAAGGGUGAGUUUAGGGAGGAUAAUUUCACCAAGGCGAUGGGGAUGCUGCAGGAGAAGCAGGGUGAGGACCCUGCCGACCCCAAGAGCGGGCGCGGGCGGAAGGGGAAGACAAAGAAGGGCGGAGACAAGAAAGGGCCGUCGGAUAUCCAAAAAAUCGUCAAGAUGAUCAUGCAGAAAAAUUACAACCCGGUCAUCAUCUUCGCCUUCAGCAAGCGUGAGUGCGAGGCGCUCGCACUGAAUAUGUCCAAGUUCGAGUUCAACUCGGCCGAUGAGCAGGACCUGGUGUCCAGCAUCUUCGACAGCGCGAUCCAGAACCUGUCUGCGGAGGACCGCCAGCUGCCGCAGAUUGCGAACUUGCUCCCCCUGCUCAAGCGCGGCAUCGGGAUCCACCACGGCGGGCUGCUCCCGAUCCUGAAAGAGGUCAUCGAGAUUCUCUUCCAGGAGGGCCUGAUUAAGGCGCUCUUUGCGACGGAGACGUUCUCUAUCGGUCUGAACAUGCCCGCAAAGACCGUCGUGUUCACUGCGACGCGCAAGUUCGACGGGCGUGAGUUCCGUAAUCUGUCAUCGGGAGAGUAUAUCCAGAUGUCGGGGCGUGCGGGACGACGUGGGCUAGACGACCGCGGAGUGGUGAUUAUGAUGUGCGACGAGAAGCUCGAACCGAGCGCGGCAAUGCAGAUGAUCAAAGGCGAGGCGGACCGCCUGGACUCUGCGUUCCACCUCGGCUACAACAUGGUGUUAAACUUGAUGAAGGUGGAGGGGAUCAGUCCAGAGUACAUGCUCGAGCGCUGUUUCUUCCAGUUCCAGAACAGCGCCGGCGUACCCCUGUUAGAAGAUGAGCUUUCGCGGGAAGAACAGGCCAUGAAGUCCAUAACCAUCUCGGACGAGUCGCUCGUCGCGGAUUACCAUUCGUACCGGCAACAGCUCGACCAGAUGGCGGCCGACUUCCGCGAUGUCAUCACCCACCCGAACUAUAGCUUACCGUUCCUUCAACCCGGCCGACUGGUCAAGGUUAAAUACCAGAAGCUAGAUUUCGGCUGGGGCGUCGUAAUAAACUAUCACAAGCGGCUGCCGCCAAAGAACAGGCCGAUGCCAGUGGCUGAGGAGAUCCCUCCGCAUGAGCAAUACAUCGUGGACGUACUGCUAAACUGCGCGACGGGUUCCUCGGUUCCCAAGGAUCGCAACGCGUUGAAUCUCCCGCCCACACCCGGGGGUGUGCAACCGUGCCAGCCGGGGCAGACGGGCGAGCCGCUCGUCAUCCCCAUCCUCCUAUCCGCGCUGGAUGCGAUCAGCUAUCUGCGGAUAUUCUUGCCCAAGGAUAUACGCUCGCAUCAGGCGCGGGAGACGGUGUGGAAGAGCGUCGUGGAGGUGCAGAAACGAUUUCCCGAUGGGAUACCGCUGUUGGACCCUAUACAGAAUAUGGAGAUCAAGGAUGACAAGUUCAAACAGCUGGUGGAGAAAAUUGAGGUAAUGGAGUCGAAGCUCAUGUCGAGCCCGCUACACAAGGAUCCACGGUUACCGGAGCUCUACUCUCUCUAUUCGAAGAAACAGGAACACCAGCAACGGAUACGUUCCCUGAAGAAGCGCAUACAGGCUACGAACGACGUCCUUCAAAUGGAAGAGCUCAAAUGCCGGAAACGUGUCCUCCGGCGGCUCGGGUUUACUACGGCGGAUGACAUCGUGGACGUGAAGGGCCGAGUCGCCUGCGAGAUUAGUACGGGCGACGAGCUGCUCUUGACAGAAUUGAUCUUCAAUGGCGUGUUCAACCCACUAUCGCCCGAGCAGUGCGCAGGUCUUCUGAGUUGCUUCGUCUUCACAGAGAAGAGCGAGCAAGUCACAAAGUUGAAAGAAGAACUCGCUGCGCCACUCCGUGUGAUGCAAGAGAUCGCGAGGCGGAUAGCGAAGGUGUCGAAAGAGUCGAAGUUGCCGGUCGUGGAGGACGAAUACGUGCAGUCGUUCAAGGUCGAGCUUAUGGACGCCGUCGUCCAAUGGUGUCGCGGCGCUUCUUUCUCAGACAUCUGCAAGCUCACGGACCAAUUUGAAGGGAGCGUUAUCCGUGUGUUCCGUAGAUUGCAAGAGCUCAUCCGGCAGAUGUGCCAGGCAGCGAAGGUCAUUGGGAACGCCGAGUUGGAAGCUAAAUUUGAGAAGGCGUCAGAGAUGCUCGAGCGACCGAAUUCAGUCAUAUUCUGCUCGUCUUUGUAUCUAUAGACUUUCUCUCUUGUCGUCUGUAUGGCAGGUUCUGUGUCAUUUGGCUGAUCCUUCCAAUCCGGA